UUCUUGUUUUGAUCUUCAUUAGGAGCACGCUGUGACAAUGCCUUGCACCUGGGUGAUGGCCUGCGCCUACGCUCCAUCUGGCUGCGCUGUAGCUUGUGGGGGCCUGGAUAAUAAAUGCUCUGUGUAUCCUCUGUCCCUGGACAAGAACGAGAAUUUGGCAGCGAAGAAGAAGUCAGUGGCGAUGCACACAAAUUAUCUGUCCGCCUGUAGCUUUACCAACUCAGACAUGCAGAUCCUGACAUCCAGUGGCGAUGGGACGUGUGCUUUAUGGGAUGUUGAAAGCGGGCAGCUGCUGCAGAGCUUCCAUGGCCACGCUGCAGACGUGCUCUGCCUGGACCUGGCUCCAUCUGAGACUGGAAACACGUUUGUUUCAGGGGGCUGUGAUAAGAAGGCCAACGUGUGGGACAUGCGUUCGGGACAGUGCAUCCAGUCCUUCGAAACUCAUGAAUCGGACAUAAACAGCGUGCGAUACUAUCCAAGUGGAGAUGCUUUUGCAUCUGGUUCAGAUGAUGCUACCUGUCGUCUGUAUGACUUGAGGGCAGACAGAGAAGUGGCCAUUUAUUCCAAAGAGAGCAUUAUCUUUGGGGUGUCCAGCGUUGAUUUCUCACUCAGCGGUCGGCUACUGUUCGGAGGAUAUAACGACUACACCAUAAACGUGUGGGACGUUCUCAAGGGAACGCGGGUCUCGAUUCUGUUUGGACAUGAGAACCGGGUCAGUACACUGCGCGUCUCUCCAGACGGGACGGCCUUCUGCACAGGAUCCUGGGAUCACACCCUUCGGAUCUGGGCCUAAACCCAUCGCCACGGAUUAGAUAUGCUACAGCUAAAGGCACACUGACCUUUCUGUUUGCUAGCGUACAAUCAGAGACAUAGAAACUCAGUUUAGGUUGUACAUAGGGCAUAUCAAUAGUAUUGUACAUACUCUUGUCUUCUGGUGCGGGUAGAUUUAAAUAUUCAAGAGCUAUUUAACUAAAUGGCACGCUUGCAUUACAAUAACUGAAAGAAAAUAGCACAGAAUUACGUCAUAAUUAAAGUAUAUUUCAGAAAAUAUGAUCGGUAGAGACUUGCAUUGGCAUAGGAUAGAAAUGACACAAUCAGGUAUCGUAUGUGGCUACGUAAAGGACAAUAUUUAUAUGUUUUCUUCACUAGUGAUAGUGAAAGAUGCAGUCUGAGGAGGAAAUCCAAAUAUAUAUACAUAUAUAUGACUGGGAGGGAGGGGUGGAGAGCAGAGACCAUUUCUUGGGCUAGAAUAGGUUGGAAUAACAGUGAUUGGUAAACUAAAUGAAAAGACGGUCUGGGAAAAUGUAAAAAAUUACUUAAAAUACAAAAAAAGUGGAACAGUAAUGUUGAUUUUUAUUUUAAAGUGGAAAAAAGUGAAGUCCAAGAGAGGAAAAAAAUAUAUAUGUGGAUAGGGCAAUGGUUCACAUUUCAAAACUUUACUCAAGUAUAUUCAGAGGUGUCAAAAGUAUUCAUGUUUAUUACUCCAGUAGAAGUAUAAAUCCUAAUUUAAUUCUAUUCAGUUUAUUUCUAUAGCUACAAUUCACAUCAUGUCAUCUCAGGUCACUU